GGCAGCGUGAGUAAUUACUACGAGUCGAGGCAGCAGCAAAGGAAAGUUAGACUUCACUGUAGUGUAGAGGGAGAAAGACAGACAGUGUCCAAGGAAGGACUUUUCAGAACAAGCAAAUGAAGACGUGUAUUUAUUGUGUUAUUUAUUUAUCUGUCUUGUUGUGGUUGAAAGCCGACGCUAUUUUUGGAAGAAGCGCAGAGAAAGUCUGGCACAUGUGGUGAUGUAAGAGGAUACAGGAGGUGGAUUUAAAGCCGCGAUGUACGCACCGUCCCCAGAGCAAGAGGAGGCAUCCACGCGUGUCCUGCAGCCUCUGUGGGAGCAUGUGAAAGCAGGACAGGAGGAGAUCCUGCUCUCUCCGUACCUGCCCGCGUCCUUCGCCUUCCUGACGCACGUUCUCUUCUGCGCGCCUUUCCUGGCACUGGACACGCUGUCCAUCUUCUGUGUGCGCGUCCGCUCCUGGAGGAUCCCCGCAGGCUCGCAGCGGCCGCCGCCUGUCAGCCGCUGGUUUGGCUGCUUUUGGACUGUGCUCUUCAGAUACCUGACCGUCGUCCUCCCGGUCACCGCGAUCUUCCAGACUCUGCGCUCCCCCACGCUGCCGCUGCUGGCUCCAUCCUGCUGGCAGCUGUUCGUGGAAGUCUACGCGUGUUUGCUGUUUUUUGACACGCUCUUCUUCAUAUGGCACGUCUCUCUGCACUGGUUUCCCUGGCUCUAUCGCAACAUCCAUCAGCCGCACCACCAGCACCACGUGCCCUUCGCUCUGGCAGCCCAGGAUGCCAGCUCAGCCGAGCUGCUGUCUCUGCUGCUGCUGGCUCUGAGCAGUGCGUGGCUGGUGGGCUGUCACCCUCUGAGUGAAGUCCUCUUUCACCUCCUCAACAGCUGGAUGGCAGUGGAAGACCACUGCGGCUACAAUCUGCCCUGGGCUCUGCACAGAGUGCUGCCUUGUCUGGGAGGAGCCCCCUUCCACCAAGCCCACCACAGGCUGCACAGGGGUAACUACGCCCCCUACUUCACCCACUGGGACCACCUCUUUGGCACAUACCACAUGUGAAUGCUGUAUACACACACAAAGAGAUGACACUGCUACAUGCAGCCAUUUACUGUCAACAAGUGAAGGGAUUCAGGAUUCAGAUGGAGCAGCUUUUCAAACGCACAAUUAACAGAGAACAUUUUUAGACAUAUUAUGGCACAAUUUGACGACUGUAUCUGAAGACACUGUACUAUAUUACUACUUCAAACAAGACUGUAUUCAACAUACUUUCAUUCGUUUAUUCAUUGUCUAGUGCAGGGGUGUCAAACUCAUUUUUGUUCAGGGGCCACAUACAGC